AUGCCGACCACAAAGGAAACCGUAACUACUGCUGCAAAUGAUGGUUCUAAAGUUCCAGCCGUUGCGCAUCCUUUGGCAGAGGAAUCAUCAGAAAUUGCAUCCAACAUUGCCUACCAUGCUCAGUACAGUCCUCAUUUCUCCCCUCUCAAAUUCGAUCCGGAGCAAGCUUAUUAUGCCACCGCAGAGAGCGUCCGUGACUUCCUGAUUCAGAGGUGGAAUGAAACGUACCUUCAUUUUCACAAAGUUGAUCCCAAGCAGACAUACUACCUGUCGAUGGAGUAUUUACAAGGCCGUGCGCUUACUAAUGCUAUCGGGAACCUCAACAUACGAGAUGCAUAUGCUGAUGCUCUAAAUAAACUGGGACAUGAACUUGAAGAGAUUGUGGAGCAGGAGAAAGAUGCAGCUCUGGGUAAUGGAGGCUUGGGUAGACUGGCAUCAUGCUUUCUAGAUUCAAUGGCAACACUAAAUUUGCCUGCUUGGGGUUAUGGUUUACGUUAUAGAUAUGGCCUAUUUAGACAGCGGAUAUCCAAGGAGGGCCAAGAAGAAGCGGCAGAAGAUUGGCUUGAGAAGUUCAGUCCUUGGGAGGUUGUCAGGCAUGACAUUGUAUAUCCUGUUAGAUUUUUUGGCCAUGUUGAGGUCUCUCCUACGGGAUUUCGAAAGUGGGUGGGAGGAGAGAUUAUUCAAGCAUUGGCCUAUGAUGUGCCAAUUCCUGGAUACAAAACAAAGAACACUAUAAAUCUUCGCCUCUGGGAAGCAAAAGCUAGCUGUGAAGAUUUUAAUUUAUUUCAAUUCAAUGGUGGACAGUAUGAAUCCGCUGCUCAACUACACUCUAAAGCUCAGCAGAUAUGUGCAGUUCUAUACCCUGGCGAUGCUACAGAAAAUGGAAAGAUUCUGCGACUGAAGCAACAGUUUUUCCUUUGCAGUGCAUCCCUGCAGGAUAUUAUUGUGAGAUUUAAGGAAAGGAGAGCUGAGAAAACAGCAUUACAGUGGUCUGAGUUUCCUAACAAAGUUGCUGUUCAGCUGAAUGAUACCCACCCAACGCUUGCAAUACCAGAACUGAUGAGGUUACUGAUGGAUGAUGAGGGACUUGGUUGGGAUGAAGCUUGGAAUGUGACAACAAGGACAAUUGCUUAUACCAAUCACACAGUUCUCCCCGAAGCACUAGAGAAAUGGCCGCAAGCUAUAAUGACAAAACUUCUUCCCCGUCAUAUGGAGAUUAUAGAAGAAAUUGAUAAGCGAUUUAUGGCAAUGAUACAUUCCAGCCGAACUGACAUGGAGAGUAAACUCCCAUCCAUGCGGAUUCUGGAUAGCUCCAAUCCUGAAAAGCCUGUAGUGCGCAUGGCAAAUUUGUGUGUUGUGUCUUCUCAUACGGUGAAUGGAGUGGCCCAGUUGCACAGUGACAUAUUGAAGUCAGAGUUAUUCACAGACUAUGUCUCCAUAUGGCCUGCCAAAUUUCAGAACAAAACAAAUGGCAUCACACCUCGACGGUGGCUCCGUUUUUGCAGCCCUGAGUUGAGUGACAUAAUCACGAAAUGGCUAAAAACAGAUAGAUGGAUCACUAAUCUUGACCUCCUCUCUGGGCUUCGUAAAUUUGCUGACAAUGAGGAGUUGCAUUCUGAGUGGGCUCAAGCCAAGAUGGCUAACAAAUGUCGCCUGGCGCAGUAUGUAUUGCACGUGACAGGCAUUGCUAUCGACCCCAAUAGCCUCUUUGACAUUCAAGUUAAGCGAAUUCAUGAAUACAAGAGACAGCUGCUGAACAUCUUGGGAGCAGUGUAUAGAUACAAGAAACUAAAGGAAAUGAGCACUGAAGAGAGGAAGAAAAUGACACCACGUACCAUCAUGCUAGGAGGAAAAGCAUUUGCAACAUAUACCAAUGCUAAAAGAAUAGUGAAGUUGGUUAAUGAUGUUGGUUUGGUGGUCAACAAUGAUCCUGAAAUCAACAAUUAUUUGAAGGUUGUCUUCAUUCCAAAUUACAAUGUAUCUGUGGCUGAAAUGCUUAUUCCUGGUAGUGAAAUCUCUCAGCACAUCAGCACAGCAGGCAUGGAAGCUAGUGGGACGAGCAAUAUGAAAUUUUCUCUAAAUGGUUGUUUGAUAAUUGGGACAUUAGAUGGUGCAAACGUCGAAAUAAGAGAAGAGAUAGGGGAGGAAAAUUUUUUCCUUUUUGGUGCCCAAGCAGAUGAAGUCCCACAGCUGCGCAAGGAGAGAGAAGCUGGAUUGUUCAAACCAGAUCCACGAUUUGAAGAAGCCAAAAAACUUAUCAGGAGCGGUGCAUUUGGUAGCUACGACUACAAUCCUCUUCUGGAUUCAUUGGAAGGAAACACUGGCUAUGGACGGGGUGAUUAUUUUCUAGUUGGUCAUGACUUCCCAAGCUAUAUUGAUGCACAAUCCAGGGUGGAUGAAGCAUACGAGGAUCGAAGAAGAUGGCUGAAGAUGUCUAUCCUGAGCACUGCUGGAAGUGGAAAAUUCAGCAGUGAUCGAACCAUUUCCCAAUAUGCGAAGGAAAUAUGGGACAUAAAGGGCUGCCCGGUGCCAUAGCUCUAAAAGGAAGGCCCAGCAAGGCAAAAUUCCACCCGUAUUGCAUAUAUCAUACGCGAACAACGACAACCACAAUAAGGCAAGAUAAAGUUGUCCUCUCGUUCUACUGUUUUGUGGAGUUUGCACAAGUGGAAUAAUAAAAUAAUUGGUCAGAUAUCCUAUCCUGCAUGUUAUUUGUUGUAUGCUCUGUCAUGGAACUGAAUUCUGGUGCCCAUAGCUAGGUUGCAUGUCAUAUUUUCACAAGCUGAAUGAUAAAAUAGACAUAUUGGUCAGA